UGCGCCGGCGCGCGGGCGCGAGCGGUUCAAGCGCCUUUCGGUGUCCGAGGACCUGGAAUUGUUCCUUCGGCCUGCCCCGUCCGAAGUCCCCUGAGCGAGGCCCAAAGAGACUGCCGCCCUCCAAGGAUCGUUUCCCUCCGGCUCCGAGGCCUCUCGGCGCCCGGGUCUGGCCCUUGCCCUUUGACCCCGUGGCGGCGGGGUGAGAGGUCGGGUGGCCAUCUUGUGGCGGCGGCGCGGGCGGCUGUUACUGCGGAGACCUGUCCCCUCCCCCAGCCUGAUACCCCUAGCUGUCUGUCAGUCGGCGGAGGGCCCUGCAGCCUGUCAGGGGAGGCCUGGGCCGAGUGCGGUCGCUCUCUCCGUCUCACUCGGGCGGCCCAGGCCGCUCCUCACCGUCGCCACCAUGUCCUCCUUCUCCGAGUCGGCGCUGGAGAAGAAGCUUUCAGAGCUGAGCAACUCUCAGCAGAGCGUGCAGACCCUGUCCCUGUGGCUCAUCCACCACCGCAAGCAUGCAGGACCCAUCGUCUCCGUGUGGCACCGGGAGCUCCGCAAAGCCAAAUCAAAUAGAAAGCUUACUUUUCUGUAUUUAGCAAAUGAUGUCAUCCAAAACAGUAAAAGGAAAGGACCUGAGUUCACAAGAGAAUUUGAAUCUGUCCUUGUGGAUGCUUUUUCUCACGUUGCCAGAGAGGCAGAUGAAGGUUGUAAAAAACCUUUAGAAAGAUUGCUGAACAUCUGGCAAGAACGAAGUGUGUAUGGCGGCGAGUUCAUACAGCAGCUGAAGCUGUCUAUGGAGGACUCCAAGAGCCCUCCCCCCAAAGCAACAGAAGAGAAGAAGUCUCUGAAACGAACUUUUCAGCAGAUACAAGAGGAAGAAGAUGAUGACUACCCUGGAAGUUACUCUCCCCAAGAUCCUUCUGCAGGCCCCCUCUUGACUGAGGAGUUAAUCAAAGCGUUGCAGGAUCUGGAAAAUGCUGCAUCAGGGGAUGCUACUGUUCGACAGAAGAUUGCUUCCCUGCCCCAAGAAGUACAGGAUGUGUCACUGCUAGAAAAAAUAACAGACAAAGAGGCAGCUGAACGUCUUUCAAAAACGGUAGAUGAAGCAUGUCUGUUACUAGCGGAAUAUAACGGGCGCCUGGCAGCGGAACUGGAAGACCGGCGCCAGCUGGCUCGGAUGCUGGUGGAGUACACCCAGAACCAGAAGGAGGUUUUGUCAGAAAAAGAGAAAAAGCUAGAAGAGUAUAAACAGAAGCUCGCACGAGUAACCCAGGUCCGCAAGGAACUCAAGUCCCACAUUCAGAGUUUGCCAGACCUCUCGCUGCUGCCCAAUGUAACAGGGGGCUUGGCACCUCUGCCCUCUGCUGGUGACCUCUUCUCAACUGACUAGGACAGGUAUCAUGCUCCAGGUUCCCGUGUUUGCCAGAGAAAAGAAGCAAGUCACUGUUGGAGACAGCCUUUUGGCCCUGGCUCCAUCUCUUCAGCCAGCAUCCGCCUCAGGAAUGAAGCAGGGAACCCUGACUUCUCAUUCUCCGGCUCCCUCCUGAGCACAGUUCAGAACCGUGCAGAUGGACUCAGUUUUGACUUGUGUUUGCUAAGAAUACUGAUUCUCCCUCCACUCAUGUUCUCAUGCCCCUGUUGCGUUUCCAUUCUUAGCUCUCUCUUACACCCAUAAGCCAUGAAAAUCAUGUGUAUUUCCGGAAGCUUUCAAGAGAAUCUUGCCCCAAGUGACAACACAUGUCAUGGAGGUAGCCUCUUUCUGAGCUGGGCUUGGCCAGGUUCAGAACAGGCUCCCAGUGAGGGACUCAGGCUUCAGGCAUUGGCUCUCCUGGCUACCAUCUGCCCACGAGGUUGGCAGCACAGCCAUUAGGCAGUUUGCCACAAGAAGUUUGCCAAAUUGCUGACCCUUCCUGACCCAACUACUAGAGAAGUGUUGUCAAGGUUAGGUGUGUUUGUUUUUCGAGCAAUCUAGAGAAUCUAGUAAUAAGAUUCAAAGCUGACCUAGGGCAUAAAGUCACAGUACAGGUACAGAGUGACAGGGAUCACAAGUCAUUUGCCUGGUUUCCCCCACAGCCUUCCCAUGCUACACUUCUCAAGGGUCCCCAGUAUCAGAGCACCUCCCUAAAGCAGGGCCCUCUGGCCCCUGGUGCUGUGAAGGCAGCUGUCUGGGUUGGCAUGCCCUCGCUGAUGGAUGUUCCACAGGUGGAGUCUGGGUUUUUACCCUUCUUUUGGGGACUGGAGUAUACACUGACUCCACCAUGUGGGCAUUCAUCCACUGUAUGGUGACUAAACUUGAUCAGCUUUGCAGAUAGGACACUGAGCACACCAGGCACUUCAUGCCACUCUGUGCGUCCAUGUUCCCAUGCAAGGAGAGGAGUAUUCAUACAAACAACUCACCUCCAGCAGAGGAAGGGAACAUAGGGAGACUAAUUUGGGGUUCUAAUUCCAUUAUCAUGCCAGCUGACAUUAUGACUGAAUGAUGUAGUUAGGAUUUUUAUCUUACGUCUAGUAAAGAUCAGGCUUGGACCUGAAAAAUCAUUCUAAUCUGGCAGGCUUGUUUUUGACAGUGGAAAGGGCAGAAGCCAUUUUGCCCUACUAGUGUAAUAGGAAUUAUAACCCAAAGCUGAAGUCCAAAGGCCAUAAGAAGGAGUUCAGUGAAGGGGGCCUGAGAAGCUUCAUUGUUUGGAGUUGCUGUUUUCAGGAUCACCAAAACAGGCACACUUCGUUUUACAUGUUAAAACAAGCCUGUGUGUCACCAAGUCGGCAGCCGGCAGUCU